GAUAAUCACGAAAUUUCAAUAAAUAAAGAUGGUGAAAUUACAAUAGAAUUAAAUAAAUUAAAUAAAAGGGCAUUGGAACAAGAUGAUGAUAAUACAAACAAUGAAGACGAUAGAGAUAAUAAUGAAGAUGAUGAACCACCAAAAAAAGUAAUAAAAAUAGGGGAUAUAUGUCAAGUUUGUAAUUUAGAAAAAUCAAAAUAUAAAUGUCCAGGAUGCUCAAUUUUAUUUUGUUCCUUAAUAUGCUCCAAUAAACAUAAAAUAGAUAAUAAUUGUAACGGUAUUAGAAAAGAUAACCACUAUAUCCCAUUAAAUAAAUUUAAAGAUUCCGAUAUCGUAAAUGAUUUUAACUUUUUAGAAAAAAUUAAUAGGGUUAAUGAAAAUGGUAAAACAAUAUUAUCCAACUCAUUCAUUAAAUUUAAAGCAAAGCAUUUACAAGAGUUUGCUUUUAAAAAGGAUAUCAAUUUAUAUAUAAUGCCAAAAGAGAUGUCAAGACAUAAGGAAAAUACAACAACUUUUAAGAAACCUAAAAACAUAAUAUUGUGGAGAGUAGAGUGGUUGUUUUUAGAUGAUGAUUUCAAAUUUAUUGAUAACUCAAUUGCAGAUUCAGGAAUUAUUAGCAAUAUCUUAUAUAAUCAUAUUGACGAUCCAGUUAACAUAUAUAAUUUAAAAUACUCUUUAAAGAAAUUAAACUCAAAUAGAGAUUCAAACCCAAAUAGUAAUUUUAUAAUAUUAAUGAAAAGGGAAAGAGACUCUAAAAACCAAUAUUAUAAAUUUGAUUUAGAAAAGUCAUUAGAAGAAAAUUUAAAGUUUAAAGAAGUUAUUGAAUUCCCAACUUUGUUAAUAUUCAAUAUUGAUUCAGAUAAACUAAAAACAUAUAAUAUUAUUAAAGAGGAAGAAUUACCAGAAAUCGAAAAUAAACAAAAAGAAAUUAUAGCUUCAAAUCUUAAUUUUAGAACAAAAUAUGAUCCAAAUCUUACAAAUACAGAGGAUCAAACUGUAAAAAGAAAUUUUAAUAAUAACAGAAGUGGUUUUAAAAAAAAUAAAUUCAGAAAUCAAAAUAAUAAUAAUAAUAAU